UCUCAAUAUAUACAAAUCUCCUUCUUUAAAACCCUACGACUUAUUCAUUAUUUUUCUCAAUCAAUUCACCACCACCGCCGCCGUUUACGGCAGCUGAAUUUUCAGUCAACAAUGGACAGGAGAAUCAACGGCGGUGAUCAUCUCCAAUGGCCGUUGGAGCUAACUGACCAUGAUUUUGAUCGUCAGAUCCCUCAAACCCCUAUUUUCUCACCACUAAACCCUUACCAUGAAACCCAAACACAAACCCUACCAAACCCUACUUUUCAAAACCAAAACCCUAAUUUGCAAAACCUUCAACUUCUUCAAAGAAUGGCUAAUGAUUAUCAGAACGUUAAUUAUUCUGAUUUCUUUGAUCCGGCGGACAUGCAAAACCACCACCACCACCAGCUCCUCCACCACCAACAACUGAAUCUUGAAGAAGCUUUGAACCGGUUGAGUCUAGCCGAAGCUGCUUCUUCUUCGCAUCAUUAUCCGUUAUAUUCGCAGACAGAGAGAGAAUUUCCGUCUCCGCCGCUCAACAGAAUGCGAAGUUAUUCGGCAAAUCUUGGCCUGCUGAACUCAGGUUCCGAUUUUCGUUACUAUCAGAAUUCUGUUUCCGAUCAGAAUUCCGUUCACGAUUCUCGUCACUAUCAGAAUUCCGUUCACGAUUCUCGUCACUAUCAGAAUUCCGUUCAAGAUUCUCGUUACUAUCAGAAUCCAUCGGCUCAUUAUUUUCAUAACCAAGAUUCCGUUUCUGAUCGUUACUGCCGUUACGGUACGUCAGAUUCUGAUCGUUACUACUAUCAGAAUCCAACUCCUGGAAGCCUUUACUAUCAGAAUUCGUUCCCUCAAUCUUUCCCUAAAUAUACCAGCCAUAACAACAACAGCAACAUCAACAACAGACCGAAUGUCCGGCGCCGGAGUUCAUCCCACGAGGAAUUACACUACAACAGACACCAUCAAACUAGGGCUAGCUCCGCCAGAUUAGAUCCGACGACACCAGAAUUUAACAGAGCUUCCAAUUCCGCAACCGAAAAGCGUAACGGAGAAAUAAUUCAAUCAAGAAAUUACUCUUCGAUGGAGCAAGUUAGAGGGAGAAUCGCCGAAAUUGCGAAAACUCGCGACGGGUCUAGUUUCUUGGAGCGAAAAAUUGAAGAAUUGAUUCCUGAACAAACGGAGAUGAUUUUCUUGGAGAUGAAAGAACAUUUAUUUGAUCUAGCUAUGGAGUCCGAUAAACAUGCAUAUGCUAGUGGUGUAAUUCAGAAACUAUUCUUGGCCUGCAAUCAAGAACAGCUUGAUCAAUUUUUUCUCAUAAUGAUCCAAAGUGAUAGAUUCCCAUCUUUAUGCAAUCAUAUUCAAGGAACUCGUGUGGUGCAAAAAAUGAUAGACUUGGUGAGAGACGAUGAUGAGAAAAAAUCUUUAAUUGCGUCUGCUUUGAAGAAUAGGACUGUUUACCUGGCCAAAAAUCAGAAUGGUCAUCAUGUUAUUCAACAAUGUCUCAAAUACUUUCAUCCUGAGUAUACUCAGCAUAUGUUGGAAGAAAUAGCAGAAAGCUGUGUUGAAAUUGCUACGGAUAGAAGUGGAUGUUGUGUGUUGCAAAAAUCUAUUGAGAAAGCUAAAGGAGAAGUUAGAGACCGUAUGAUCAAUCAGAUCAUAGAUCAUGCAUUCGUCUUGUCCGUUGAUUCUUACGGGAACUAUGUUGUGCAAUUCAUACUUCAAAUGGGCAUACCACAAAAUGUAGCUCGCAUCUUGGAGAACCUCCGAGGAGAUUAUGUCAAUCUUUCGAAGGACAAAUUUGGCAGCAAUGUGGUGGAGAAGUGUUUGAAAGACUGCGGUGGUUAUAUUGCAGCCGGAAUUAUUCACGAGAUCAUGCAAAGCCCGUCGUUUUUAGAAGUCGUUCAGAAUGAGUUUGGCAACUAUGUUAUUCAGUCGGCAUUGCGAGCAGCUACGGGAGAACAAUACCACAAUCUUGUGUGCCUGAUCAACCGUCAUUCCAAACAACUUCAUAGCCAUCUUCAUGGGAAAAAAGUGUUGGCUCGUACUCAAUCAAGAAACAGGCAUAAUCAUGUAAGAAUUGUAGGCUACUAGAGAAGAAAUUCUCUGUUAUAUUUCUAUCUCCGCGUACGAAAAUUAUUGCCUAGCCCGAGUUUAUGAUGGACCGUUCUCACAUGAAUAUAUUUCGUAAUUCAUAGAUUAUGGAAUAUUUUUUAUAAGAGAGGUUCGUGAAGAACUAGGUGUAAGCAAGAAUUUCCUGUAUGGGAUUUUGUUGUUUUUGUUAUGUUUUAGGGUUUAGGAACUCAUGUUGUUUAGUUGUAAGAAUUAGGGUUUUGCCAUGUUUCAUGGUAUUUCCCUAUAUGUUGGUUGUUAUAUAUUAAGUUGAAUUAUUGACAUUGAAUUUGGUUCCUAGAGAUAUUGAGCUUCACCCAAUUGUGGAUAAUUGUUUUUGUGAGUCACUAUAUUUUGCUUCAUUU